GCGGCGAGCACUAUGGCCAACAGCGACCUCGAAGACGAUGACUUCGACUUCGACGUGCACGCGGAGGUGGACGCGGACGCGGACGGCGACGAAGACAUUGACGAAGAUAUUUUAGACGCGGUGGAGGCCGAGAUUGGCGCAGAUGAUGCUACGGAGGGCGACGAGGACGGCUACUUUGAUGAUUCUGACGAGGGGGAAGAAGACGAGGACGAAGAAGAGUUACCCGAGGGUCUGGCAGUGCAGACGCCAGUCCUCGAUCCAAAGCCUCCAGCGUACGUUGGGGAGACACCCUUGCCCCCGCAGGAGAUCGUCCAUAACACCCUAGCUGUUCCCCCAACGACUGCACCUUCCCCUCCCCGCGAACGUACGCCAGGCCCGCUGUCGCCGGCACAACAACGACGCGCUCAAAUCCUCGCCACCUUCAACCCUUCUUCGCCACGAUCCUACACAGUAGAAGCAAUGUGUGCGAUCCCCCAGCCCCACCCGACACACUCCCUAGCCGCAUCACUUUGUAUGACCCAUCUCCUAACAGGCUGCGACGACGGAUAUGUCCGCGACUACGACAUAUUCGCCGCAGUAAAUGGGAAGAACUUUCUAACAGCCCCUCAGCGGCACCAUUGCGGUGUAAUUGAGGGCACUAUGAAAGCUGGCCAGUUACGAUUCUGGUGGGAGAACCCCGCGGACCCGGAAAGGUUAGGUAACAUUCCGGCGGAGGAGAUCCCUCUAUCUCCCGUAUACAGCCUGGCCAUGCACUCGGACGCUUUAUGGGCCCUAGCUGGGUCAGAUCAAGGCCAUAUUAAUUUGUUCACCGUACGCCAUGAUCCAGGGCGGUUGUGUCACGUUAUGCGCGGCCAUCGCGGCCAUGUGUCUGCGCUAUCUAUACAGCACGAUGAGAAGGGUUUUCUCAGUGCCGGGUGGGAUGGGGAUGCUAUUCACUGGGAUUUGAAUACGGGCCAGAUCACUAAGAAAUUCACGGCCCAUGGUGCGCAGCUGGCAAGCAUUGCGUUCCGUCCCAUUUGUGCACGCCCAUGGAUCCCGCCUUCGACCAAUCCCAAGUCCGAGGAACUCGACGGACUAUGGGUGACGCCGAAGAAAGAAGAGGACUCCGUCGACUUCCAGCAGGGGAAUCCUCAAGUGAAUGGUGCGCCAGGUGGAGCUCUUGCCGCACCACCUCAACCCAGCGGCUCUAGACCACCUCCCGACGACAGUGAUACAAAGUCGGACGCAUCAUUCGAUCCGUUAUUCGAUGAUGAACCUGACGGUGAUGGCCAGGACGGCGACAAUGCCUCCGUGUUUCGUACUGCCGCGGGAGUUCCAACCGGAAAUCAGGCAUUUGGCGCGACGUCCAUCGGACAGUCUAGGUUGACUUCGCAACCGGCGUACUCGCGGACAGCUGGUGCGCCUGCCCCCAGGAAUGCGCCCCCGCUUCUGGAUUCGCGUGAAUACGCGGCGUUUUCGCCCGACACGUUCUUAACGGCGUCUGUUGACGGGCAGGUCAUCUUAUGGGAUGCUAGGGCAUCACCAGGCCGCGGCGUUGGACGGUUGUGGAUGAACGAGAAGACGCCUCCAUGGUGUCAAUCGGCUUGCUGGUCGGCCAAUGGCGAGCAGAUCUACGCUGGGCGCCGGAACGGGACGGUGGAUAUCUGGGACGUCCGUCAAAUGGGCACCUCUGGGCCCGAAAACACUCCCCGCCUGAUGAAGACAUUGCGCAACCCGGCUUCAUCUGGCGUGGUGUCCUGCGUCGUAGCAUUUCCGGACGGCCGUCACCUGGCAUGCGCGUCCCAAGAUAACAUCAGACUUUGGAACGUGGCUGAGGCUGGCGAACCCGAUGCUUCGGGUCGAGUCAGAAGCGGAGCCCAGUUCAAGAUCAUUCCGGGCCACCACGGUGGCUACAUCUCCCAGAUGCUGGUAGAUCCCGCGGCCCGCUUCCUGGUCUCCGCCAGCAGUAACCGCGGAUGGCACGGCGAUUCGACGCGCACGGUCUUCGUGCACGAGAUUAAACACAUUCAAUAG